AGACAACUCAGCCCGUGUCAACAUUACGUAUACCUAAUGUACAAAAAGCACCAGAGGAGUAUGUGUAAAUGACUCUCUUAUGUAUCGAAUUAAUGGAUACACCGAAAACAAUGAAAGUGUCAUUUAUGAUUUGAGAGGCACGAGUGUUGGCAUUGACGAUACCAAGGAUAACAACAACAAUAAUAACAAUCAAUCAAAUAACAGCGAAGUAGCCCCCAUCAGCGGCAGUGAUAAUAGUAAAAUGCAUCAACGACGCACAGAACCUACAGUAGGAUCAGUGCAACUAACGCCCCUAUGGGAACAUGUUCUACGUACUCGGCGCUUGCCGGAAGCAAUUUGCCCGGCUACAAUGUUUGGCGAAUUCCAUGAACGUCUACAGGAUCCAGAGUGGCAAGUACGGCAACAUGCUCUACGCGUUCUCGUCGAUGUUCUGGUGGUGAUGAAAUCGAAGGCCGACAAGUACAAUAUUCAUUUCUUAGUGGAUCUGAUCAAAAAUCUGGGACAUCAAGCGCCCACAGUGCGCAAAGGAGCUUUAGAUUGUUUGAGAGUAUAUCUCGCAGAGACAGGCAUACCCGAGGUGGUCAUGCUGCAGAUUUUAGACAUCGGUUUGAAUCACCAAUCUAUCUAUGAUGAGCGCUUGAGCUGUGGAGUUUUGCUGUCACUGCCCGCAUUGCUUCAAUUAAUUUUACUCACGCCGCAACGACACUUCAUUGUGAAGCAUACUAUUGAGCGUAUACUGCAGCGAUUGCAGCGUAAACAAGCCCAAGAAGAAAUUUCGAUAAAAGUUCUGGCAAAAAUUAGCGAGCUGCUUGGUUUGCAAGAGUUCGAGAGUUAUUUGCAUGACGUGAAUGGUCAGGACGCCUUGGCCCUGUACAGGCAUCUCUGCAAAGUAUAUUUAAUUUCAAAUAAGCCUACUACUUCUACAAACGGUAAUGCUGGAGCCUGGCGAGCUAUUCCUCGAGAAUAUACCUGGCGUGGCAGUGGAUUAUCUCAAGCAUCUGAGCCAGAAUCUUUACUGAUGACCGAGAAAGGCGGCAAGGUGAUUAUGGAAACGGAAAUUAAAAUCAACGAUGAUACCCUUACCAUGCGCAUCCUCGAAGCAGAGACUGAAACCGAGGAGACAGAUAGUCCCAUUAUGGGUUCAACUGAGCUUGUGUGUCGACCAUUAGCAAGUGCUACGUCUCAAAGAGAUUUAAAUGCGGGUAUUCUGCAAAUUAUAAGCGACUCGGAAAUGGAAGAAAUAGCGGAGCCAUCUCACAAUGAAAACAAUGAACUUGGCACGCCCAUUCGUGGCUUGAAGCGUGUCACUUUUGGUGGCGAGGUUGUAAAAAUGCGCACACCUGACAGCGAUGCAGCAUCUUCGGCACAUAAUAAUGAGAACACAACAGCAGACCAAAGCAAACUCAGCGCUAUUUCAGUAUCAGCGAUUAAAGGACAUUCAUUGUUAUCAACGCCAUCACCAUCGCCAGCAGAAGAGCUGAACUCAGAAGAGAAUUCGAACUCACCAAGUGAAAAUGGCAUGACAGAAUUAACAUUGGAAAUUCCCAUUGAUAACACAAAGCCCUUGCCUAGGGCACAUAGUGCACAUUCCCCAAAACGAAGUAACAGUGCCAUGAGCGAGCCCCCAUUGUCGAAUUCCAGCAAUUUCACAUCACCAAAGCCAGAUAUGACACAGUCUCCUGCCUUUCUCUGCCGUAGCAUAAGUCCGGCUGGCAGCAGCAACGUCAGUCCGAAAGUGCCCCACAAAGAGAUCGAAGUGCUGCAUAACCUACAACGUGAUUUAGAUCCCUCGCCCCGUUCAAUGCGUCGCAUCGACUGUGUGGCAACUACAGACACAGUUACACCUUCGCCUACAACAGCAUCUGUAAUGUCAGUAGAACUGCCUUCUACACCAAAUACGUGGGAAGACCUAGACAUUGUGAGCUAUAAAACAAUAAUGGACCUUCGCUCAGGGGACUGGCGCAAUCGUUUGCAGGGAAUAUCACAACUAGAGAUAGCAUUGAGCUCAUCAGCCAACUUGGUACAAGUGCUGCCCUGUUUGGAUAGUCUGCUGCGCACCUUAUUGUCUUCCGAGCGCAAUUUAAAGGUAUCUGAGCUGAAGCGCGAGGUUUUAGUGAAUCUUAUCUCACGGCUUCCGUUGGACAAUUUAGAGGAGCGUACGCACCAAAUUCUUUCAGGUCUCUGUCGCCAAGGCAACGUCGGAGCUAAUCGUGUUUGCAAGGCACUUAUGCAACAUCUUCCAGCUGGCACAAUUGUUGCCAAACUGACAGCACCAGAGUAUUUGCAUGCCAAGAGCUCCAAGUUUCGUGACCAUGCGUUGCAAAUGUCCAUAUUCGCAUUGAUGACUUUUCCCGGUACUUGCUUUGACAUCAGUAGCCUGUCCGAGCAAGUUACGUACGCCGCCCUUAAUCGAAAGCGUCGAGUGCGACAGGCUGCCCUAGAAGUGUUAGCCGUGCUUGCUGAUAUAUCAUCGGCGGAGCAAGUCUUGGAAAUCGUAACAGAAAUUGCAGCUGGUGUAGAAUCGGGAACUGCCCUGUUGACGGCUGUUAAAACACGUUUGUCACGUCCACAAUUGCCCGUUAUAACGUCGGACGGAGCAGUUUUAUAUAUUUUUCAUAAAAUGGAGCAGAUGGGCAUCUCAAGUACAGGAGCUGAUAUCGAUUGGAUUACACAAGGGGACGGAUCAGCCUCGCCCAAUUCUAUGAAAAGGCGUCACAUGUCACAUAAAAAAACGAGUUCUCCAAGAAAGAACGGAUGUGGAUAAUAAGACUGGAGCAAGAUAUGUAAUAUAUUUUAACCUAUAUUAUCUUUUAGUUUUAAGACUUAUGAAAAUUUGCACCCGCAUUCCUUUCAUUCGCCACCUGAAGCCCUAGUCAUGUCUAGACCAAAUGAUUUUUCUCAAAAGAAAAACUACGGUACUAGUGUCAUUCAAGGCAACUUCAUGGAGCGCCGUCUAGUCACCCAGGCAUACUCUGAAUCUUCUAUUGACGGUAGAAGCUCUGACAGUACAACAACAACUUGCAGUAGUGGAAGCGGGAGCGGAAGUGGAAGUUUUAUACAAUUGACUCCCUGUAAGGCUGGCUUGAACCGACGAUUGGUCAGACAGAAUUCACGGUUUCCCGUUAUGCGGCAACACACGGAUUUCAUCAAUAAUUUCAUGCGUAAUGGACAGCGAACUACAUAUCCUUAUAGUUUUGAGGAUUCCAAUUAUCCGAAAGUACACUGUGCAUCCCACAAAAUAGAAAAACAGCAGUCAACUAGAAAGCCACCGACAUUGCAUCAACAAGCUAACAACCAAAAAAACUGGAUUACCACAAACAAUGAAUCUCAGGAAAACGCAAAGGGGAAUGAAACAAUUAAAAAGAAUUCCAACAUUGGAUUAGAGGUAGCCAUUCAAGAUGUACCCACGAGUAAAUCCAUUAAUUUUUCACUAAAACGAAAUCAGCAUUCUACAAUGCAAAAUGUAUUUUCCUGUAGCGGUCAACCCGCAAAUCUUUUGCGACAAUUGCAAACUUUCUGGUACAUAGCUAAAGAUUAUUUAGUGGCAAAGGCCACGGCAGCGCGUCAAACUCUGAUACCCUAUGAUCGGUGUCUAUGUCCAUGUGGUGUUGGUCACACCAAGCCGCAACGCAGAAAAUCGAUUGGUAAAAGUGAUACAAAUGUCGCUGAUAAUGUGACGUGGCAAGUGUUGCAAACGCCCAAGGUAGUUGAUAAAAGUUCAGUCAAUGCGUUGCCCUCUCAAAAGGAUUUGAUUAUGGUUGAGCCAGAAAAUAAAAUUUCAACAGCCCCAUCAACGUCAUCCUUGAUGCUAGAAACUGAGUCAGUUAACGUUACCAAUCAUAAUGUAGAUGGCUCUCCACUGUCAAUCAAAUCGACAAGCUACUCUCAAAAAUCAACAGCUUCAGCUAAAUCGUACAGUUGCCACAGCGAAGAGAGCAGGCAACCAAUCGAACAAUCUGCUACUCGAAAUGAUUUAGAGUCGAUAAAUUUAGAGCAACAAUUUGGCGAUCUAGUUGUGAACGAUGUAGAGGACGAAACGGAUUCACUGUCUCAGGAGCCAGUAUUAAAGCGCAACGAAAGCGUCAAUAGUCUGCACAGCAAAACAGAAAGCAUCAAGACACAGUUAGAAGAUGCCACGCCACAGAUGUCUCGAGCACAGUCUAUCAAAUCGCUUGCUAUUGAAGAGGAGAUUGAAAGUACCAAUAGCUUCGUAGUGGUUGAGGAACUGCAGCACGAGCUUGAAUCGCCGGCUGUGGAAUCUCCCGUCGUCAAGCUGCAGAAAAAAUUAAUCGAUAAUCACGGAACACCCUCACGAGCUUCAAGCAGCAGAAAGUCCGCUAAUGCACAUGACGAAAGGACCAUUCAUUCACGAAGUAUCUCUCUGGAUUCUCUGUAUGGCGCACGUCCCGUAUCGAAGCAAGACUCAUUGGAUACCAGCCUCUGCACGACAGAUAACAGCUCGCACACAGGGUCCCAACUGGAAAACAUACAUUUGCCUGCGAAAGUACAGCACACUCCAUUAAAACAAAAGUCAAAAACAUCAUAUUUUCUCCGAGGUCAACGGCGAAUUUCUCCGGUGAAGCAGGCCAUCAAAAUGUCGCAGACGGAAUUGUUCCCGCCGAAUAUGACACGUUUUGAAAAGCCACGCGACGCCCUGAUAAAGACAUUCGAUCAAUUGGAUUCCAGCAAUUGGGAGAUUAACAUGACUGGACUGAAAUCCAUUGUACGCUUAAUCCGCUAUCACUCAGAUUUUUUGGAUAGUCACAUGCACAUGACAUGCAUUCAGCUGACGCGAUCUGUUCGAAACUUACGUUCACAAGUAGCUCGGGCAUCAUGUCAAGCAGCCACUGAGCUGUUUACUUUAAAGUGCAAGUCGCUUGAGGUUGAGUGUGAUGAUUUAGUCUGCGCGUUACUCCAUCGCACGGCAGAUACUAACCGCUUCUUGCGUGCAGAUGCCACGCGUGCCUUGGAGUCGAUGGUCGAUCACUUGCAACCGCCUAAAGUACUCACUAUAUUAACGACAAAAGGCGCUCAACACCAAAAUGCACUUGUCAGGACCACAACUGCAAAGCUGUUAUUCAGACUAGUCGAACGCUUAGGAAGCGAUCGUAUUUAUGCGAUGGCCCGUGAAAGCCGUGACAAGUUUUUCAUGGUGGGUGCAAAUCUAUUGCUUGAGGGCAGUCUGGAAACACGCAGCUAUGCCAAGUCUCUGUUCCGCGCCUUGUCAGAGCACGCAAGCUAUCAGCGUAUCAUAUUGGAAGUUAUUCCCCCUCGAACUUAUCGCAAUGUGGAGAAGACACUCAGAAGCAUUACUCGAUGAUCUCUU